UGGUAGUAAUGGAUUAUGCAAACAAAGGUAAUUUGAGAGUAAAUUUACCAAAAAUUAUCAUAAAUGAUUGAAAUCAAAAAUUACAAAUGUUAUAUGAAAUUAUUUCUGGGCUUAAUAAUAUGCAUAAAAAAAAUCUUAUUCAUUGUAAUCUUCAUGAUGGCAAUAUUUUAAAUCAUGGGGGUAGGUAUGAAGGUAAAGUUUAUAUUAGUGAUUUUAGACUAUGUCAACCUGUAAGCUUAUUUUUGAAAAAAAAUGAUAUUCGUGGUGUUAUACCAUUUAUGGCACCUUAAGUUUUAAAAGGCAAUUCUUAUACUCCGGCUAGUGAUAU